GAAUCUGCCCGGCGCACUUCCUUGACACGCAUCAACCGGUCAUUCAACCAGCUCUCUACCCGACUCUUAGGGGUCGAUGGUCAUUCAUUGAGUGCAACUAUCGCUUAUCAGGACAGUUUAUGAUUGUGGGCUUGCUGCACAGGCUAUCGGGGAAGUUUCCACGCGUUGUGCACAGGAUUAGUGUGAUGAUGAAGCCGCAGGUUGUGUUUGUUUUGGGCGGGCCUGGCGCGGGGAAAGGGACACAAUGCGCGAGAAUCGUGGAGAACUACAGCUACACUCACCUGUCUGCCGGAGACCUCCUGAGAGAGGAGCGCAGCCGCACGGGCUCAGAGUUCGGUCAGCUCAUUGAGAGCUACAUCAAAGAGGGCAAGAUCGUUCCCGUCGAAAUCACCAUCGACUUACUGAGAAAGGCAAUGGAACAGACUAUGAAAGUUGAUGAGAAGAAGUUUCGCUUUCUUAUUGACGGUUUUCCACGUAACCAAGACAACCUACAGGGGUGGACCAGUGUCAUGGACGGGAAGGCAGAUGUCAAGUUUGUUCUUUUCUUUGACUGCGGUAAUGAGGUGUGCAUUGAUAGAUGUUUAGAGCGGGGGAAGAGCAGCGGACGCUCUGAUGAUAACAGAGAAAGUCUAGAGAAGAGGAUCCAGACGUACCUCCAGUCCACACGGCCCAUUAUAGAGCAGUACGAGAAGCAAGGGAAGGUGCGCACGAUUGAUGCCUCCCGGUCAGUGGAUGAGGUGUUUGCAGAUGUGAAGAACGUUCUGGAUAAAGAAGGCUAAACAUGUUCACAGCAAAAAUCCAAAUUCUUGAAAAUUGAAGGUGUCUGUUAAUUGAUGUCGGCAGUGCUAUGCCUUCUCCAU